AUGGAGAUUCAGAAAGAGCCAGAAAGCCUUCAUUGCGAGGACCACGGUCUUGGACUGGGACCUUCUGAAGGGCCCGAAGGGUCGAAGGAAAAUGGCCUCGAGAUGCACGCCGAGGUCGAGCUGUCUCCAGAAGAGAGGGAGGCUGAGCGCAGGCUAGUUUGGAAGCUGGACCUUCUCAUCCUUCCCCUGCUGUCGUUGAUGUAUUUUCUUGCUUCGAUGGAUCGCGGCGACAUUGGUAACGCCGCAGUGGCGGGAAUGGUCGAGGAGCUCAAGAUGACGUCCCAGCAAUAUAGCAACUGCGUUGCCUUUUUCUACAUUGGAUACAUCGUCUUCCAACUUCCGGCCACCGUCUUCAUACGAAAAAUACAGCCACACUUCCAGCUUGGGAUUGCGAUGAUCGGCUGGGGGUUGCUGACUACCGUGAUGUGCAAAGCCACGCACUGGGCAACGAUUGCCGGCUUGAGGGCGGGCGUUGGCGCUUUCGAGGCCUUCCUUCAAGCUGGAGCGUUUUACUUGACCUUCUGGUACAAGCUAGACGAGCUUGCAACACGAGGGUCCAUCUUCUUCGCCAUGUCUGCCGUCGCGGGAACCAUGAAUGGUCUGAUCUCCUACGGCAUCGCCAAGGACAUGCCGUUUGUGCAUGGAUGGCUGCCGUGGCGGUGGAUCUUCCUGAUUGAGGGCGUGAUCUGUGUUGGCUGCGGCUUCUUCGUCAUGGUGCUGCUCCCUCCCGUCCCAGAACGAGCGCGGUGGUUCUUCACGCCGGCCGAGCUAGAGAUCGCUAUACGUCGGUCCAAACAGGCGUACAACACCCCCCACACUGGCAUCAAGGCCCACCAACUUGUCGCGGUGUUGAAAGAUCCAAAAAUCUGGUGUUACGCCUUCUUCUACAGCAUGAUGAACAUCAGCCUGACCUCCUUCUCGUCGUUUUUCCCCGUCAUCUUGAAAGGCUUGGGGUACAGUUCUGUCCGCACUCAGCUCUUGACCAUUCCAGUGUAUGUGUGCAUUGCCGUCGUGUUGGUCAUCUUGGGUGCUAUAUCGGACAGGACAAAGCAGCGUGGCAUCUUCCUGGCCAUGGCUUUCGCGGUGGCGGCCGCGGGCUGGCUGAUCUUACUUUUGAGCACCUCCAAGCACUUGUCUUAUGCGGGCUGCUUCUUGGUCGGCAUGGGUUGCUAUCCACAGGUCACUCUGAUACAAUCUUGGAUGUCUGUGAACAUCAUCGGCUACACAAAGAGAGCUGGAUCGUUGGCUUUCAUCAUGAUCUUUGGUCAGUGCUUUACGCUCAUGGGACUGGAGAUUUUCACCGAUGCACCCAAGUAUCACCGGGGCAAAGGUCUUGGAUUCGCGUCCGCGGCGCUCUCCGCGCUUCUGGUCCCUUUCUUCAUCCUGUAUAUCCGACGCUUGAACCAGAAAAAGGAGAAGGAGAAGCACACUCCCGAGGCGGCCGAGAAGCGAAGACUGGGGAUUGAGGAAGUCCGUCUUAAUCAUCUAGAAAGAGAAAUUCAAGACAUUCGCGAGACUUUCCGCGCUCCACCCACGUCUGAGCUCAAUCCGUCGAGAACCUCUCUCGAGCAACCGGAUCCCCAGAGCAAUGGAACCUCUGCGGACAGCGCUCUAGGUGAACAGCCCAAUGCAGACCUGCCGAGCAAGGAAGAGCUGGUCCUGAUGCUUUCGACCAGGGAAUUCUUUUCCCAUGCUCCCGUCCUUGAAACAGUCACGAUCACCAUUGAUGAUGCGUGUGAUAUCUUCCUAGAAUAUUAUAAUCACUAUCAUCCACUCUUCCCCUUGCUCCAGGACAUCAGGACCAUCGUCGACGAAUCCCCGACGUGUCGAUUACUUUUCUGGGCAAUGGUUGCGAUAACUAGACGAGAACUGGCCGUCGUCUUGUCUGGCCCAAUCCGGAGCCUUGCGGGGAACGAGUUGUUUGGGAAUGUCGCCUCAUCUAUCUCACUCAUCCACGCCCUUCUGAUUCUGGCAUAUUGGCCUUUGCCGUAUGGAGCAUCAACUGAAAACCCAUCCUGGCUGUACUGUGGUGCUGCCGUCCACAAGUCUCUGGCUUUGGGAUUGCAUCGUCCGGCUUUCCUGGUGGACUUUGUCAAUUGGACCCUCCCCGAUGAAUCGGCAAUUUCCACGCGCCAGAGGACUUGGAUAGCUUGUUUCAUCGUCAAUCAAAUGGUGAGCAGCCAGUUAGGAGUGCCAUCGACCUUCAAGGUCGAUCACUCAAUCAAUCAAGCCCUCCGAGAAUGGCCAGAACGGAUGCCAAUGAUCCUGAAGCCUCUACUCCAGAUGUCGUUCAUAUCAUUCUCCUUUACCAACAUUCUGGGCCAUUUCGAGGGGGCACCGGAUGGUCUGCUUCCAGAGCCUGGCCAUAUCAUCCAAGUCUUCGAUGCAGACCUCGAUGCUCUCGAGCGCCGCGAGUGGGAUGAGUGGGACCCUAGUGUGCUCGUGUUGUGGCUCUGGACGAAAUUGCGUCUUUAUUCCUUCGCUGUCGCGUCGGAGCCGUCAGACCCAGAACACGAUGGAGCCAUACACCACGGUCGGGAGGGAUAUUAUACCUCACGGGGAUUCUCCAUCGCCACUCGAACCAUAGAGAUAGUUUGCGCUAUUUUGGAUCCUUCCAAUCCUCCCAAGCAGAAAAGCCAAACCUCGCCCGGUGUGAUGUCGGGUGGCUUGAGUCCACAGAACCGGCCUUGGACUGGCUUCGAACGAGCGGCUCUGGUGUAUGCCGUGAUGUUCCUUCUCAGAGUCACGCGCUUCUCCCAAUUUCCCGUCCAGAGAGACGUCGCUGACAACACGAUCCGAAAAGCGCUCGUAGCCCUGAAGGCUGAUCGAACAUCUCUCAAACAUGAUUCGGUUUCUCGAGCCUGCGACAUUAUCGAAUUCGUGUGUCAACUGCCAGAUCCAAGGAUACAGGAACAGCACAUGGAGGAGCCAGACUCCCGGGGUCCCGGCAGACCUCCUCGACCUGAAGGUUCGCCGGGAUCGAGACCGACAGGCCGAGUCCGUUCACGAAUGAGUCAAAAUCUGGCCUUCGACAUUGUGAGGUGUGCACUCGCGCGAUUUGCAAGCGAAGAAGGGCAAAGAAAAUAUCCAUACGCCAGCGGUGGCCGCCAGAAAGGGCAAGACAAGGGCUCGAGGGAGAAGUCGCCCGGCGCAUCAUCUCACCCUACCACCUGCGAUAAUGACUAUGUGUCCCUUGCGGCUAUGGACGAGGCCAUUGCAGCCGAUGCCAGGUUGGGACCGUUGGUGUUUCCGAGCGGCAUCGCUUCGAGCGCUUCCAAUCCCUACGCUUCCAAUCUUCAGCCAGGCGAUAUCUUCUGGACAGAUUGGGACCUGGCCUUUACCGACCUCUACUCUCCGAGUUGA